AUGGCUUACAUGCUGAAAGAGCAAGGCAACCAGUGCUUCAAGGAUGGUCAAUACAAAGAGGCGGAGGACUUCUAUGGACAGGCUAUCUCUGUUCGGUCCAACGACCCUAAGCUGUUUCAAAAUAGAGCACUAGCACGAAUACGUCUCUCGAAUUGGCGUGGUGCGGAGCAAGACGCUCGUAAGGCCGUCGAGCUAGAUUCUCAGUCCAUGAAAGCGCAUUUUUACCUCGCACAAGCAUUACUGAACUUGCGGCAUGUAGGUGAAGCACACCGAGAAGCACUUCAGGCGUAUAGCAUAUGUCUUGCCACGAAUGAUAGCUCCGUCGAGGUUGUAGGGCAGACCGUUUUGAAAGCGAAACAGGCUGUAUGGCAGGCCAAGGAGACAAGUCGACUACGAGAAAUGAAUGAUACUCUGGCCACUGUGGAACAGACCAUGGAGCAGCAGUUGAGAAGAGACGUCGCUGAUGUUGAAGAAAGAUUCAAGAGCAAAACAAUUGGCGAGAUGGGCAGAGGAGAAGAGCUCCAACAGCUACAAGACGAGUUCGAUGAGCGGCGGCGCAACGUGAGGUCUGCUUUUGAAAAUAGCAAGGAUCCCGAAAGUAAGGAGAGGGUAGUGCCAGACUGGAUGGUUGAUCCCAUAUCAUUUGAGGUCAUGCACGAUCCUGUGAUCACGCCAGCAGGAGUCAGCUAUGAAAGAGUUGGGCUGUUGAAACAUCUCAAACAGAGCGGUUUGGAUCCCCUGACUAGGAAGAAGUUGCAUCCCGAUGCACUGACACCAAAUGUCGGUCUGAAGCAGGCUUGUGCAGAGUUCUUGGAGCGUAAUGGCUGGGCUGUGGAUUGGUAG